UGAUAAUAUGGAUUUGUGUUUUCUUCUUAUUAUUCAGUAUCUUCAAAGCGCAAUCGAAUAGUGUGUUGUUUUUACGCUUCAAAUCUCGAUUGAUUAUAUGGAUGUUGGUUUUUUACAUCAUUAUUAAUCAUGAUGUGCGUUGUUGUAUGAAUAACUAUCCCGUCAAUCGGAAUUCACUCUCCCGAAUCUAUAAAUUUGAGGUUGGUUGAAAUUGUUAAAUCGUGAGUUGCAAAAUGGACUCUCUUGAUUGAAACCAGUGGGGUAGUUCGGGAUAGAAUAUUUUUCACAGUUAUUGUUUUGAAUUGAAUAUGUUUCAGAUCGUUAUAUGGGCUACAAAAAGCAAAGAGUCAUGAUUUGAUCUGAUUUGGUUUGUUCUUGAUGCAACUUUUAUUUGUGAUUUCGAUGAAUGUUGUUCCUAGUUUCCUAAGUAAGUGAUUUUUUAAAUGCUUUUUUUGAUGUAUUAUAGUUUUCAUUAUGAUAUAUCUUUAAGAAUAUGUUAGGUAAAAGCCAGUAUAUCUUUGGUGAGAUAUGAUAAGUUCACUUUUUUAGUUAAGCAAAAGUGAAUGAUUAAGAAACAUUUUUUUGAUAAAAGAAUGUAGUAUUGUGACUGAAUAUCUGUUAGAAUUGGAAUCUAUGAAGCAAAUGAUGCCAGGGUGUUUAUAUUCUAAAGGGAACUUAACUCAUGCAUUAUGACAAGUAGAACUUACAUCAUUAAUUUAAUCUAGGGUGAAGAAUGUACACUAUCGAUUAAUAUAUCUGAUGGCGAAUUAUUUUGUUACUUGGCAAGUUGGCAUUGUUGGGCAUCAAUGUAGUUAAAUUAGUAACUUUGCUGUCCGAUUAAGCUAGGGGUGUUUCAAAAGUUUGCCGCAACUCAACUUUCUGUCGUUAUUGCCUCUUUAUGAGGGUUUAACCAUUAAAGGCAAUCUGAUUUUUUUUUUUGCAGUGGGAUAUUUGACCCAACAUAUUUUUUGUCUGUGAAUUUUACAACAGCUCAUAUUGCAGUUCCUUAUUCUCAGGAGAAAGGAUGUGAUGUGAUGUGAUGGGGGAGACUUUACGCCUUUUCCAAUCAAAUAAGAAGUUGGAGCUGAGAAUUACUGCUACUCAAGAUCUACCUAAAAGUCGUUUACUUAUUUCAAUUGCAAACAGAUCUUCAAAGAAGACGCUUAAAUGUGUUACUCCAAUGAAAGUUAGUAUGGUGGCCACUGGUGGUGCUGGGGAAAUCAUAGUCUUUCUUUUGACAACUGCAGUACUAGAGAUGGUCCGCAGGUUCUCUUCGGCCAACUGUCCAUUUAUUUGGCGUGGGCUUCAGGCGCUUCAAGUUCUCUGCUUCCCACCAUUUAAAUGGAUCCAAAAAUGGGCUCCUUUCAGUGGUUUGGUUAAAGGAAUGCAGACUUUGUCAAGGCCAUUGAUGUUCCUCUCAGUGGCAACUGGUUUCUUUGAUGAAUCAAGCUCCUCAAAAGGAACGCUUAGUGGUUUGAGUGCUGAUCUAACAGAACUAUCUACACAAUUGUCCACCCAAGGCAGAGGGCCCGUCAACAAGGUUCCGAGAAGUGUUACUAUGGAAGAUUGGUUAGUGGAACUCUAUGCAGAGCUUGAUCAGCAGGGUAUUACUAUACCAGAGAGGAUUAAUGAGGAGGAGCUUCGUAGAUUUUACGCUGUCUCCGAUGGUGACUUUGCAAGGUUUUUAUCAUCAGUUAAGAAGACCAUUCGAUGGAGGCAGAAAUACACUCUUCUUUCACCACAAGAACUUGAGGCUUGGGCCAACUUGGUCUUUUGGCAUGGAUCUGAUGUGAUGCAACGACCUUGCCUCAUAAUACGUGUUGGACUUGCAGGCUCUAGUUUGGUUUCAAAUGGUCGAGCACAGUUUGUUAGAGCAGUUGUUUCCCAGGUAGAAUAUGGAGUUCUAAACUUGCUUGAUGUGGAGCAUCCUCAGCUUAUUGUCUUGAUGGAUUGUGAGGGAUUAUCACCCUUUGGAUUCCCUGUACAGACAUUUAGAUCAUGUGUGGUACUUCUUCAAGAUCAUUACCCAAAUCGGCUUGGGUGUUUACUUGUUGUACGACUUCCGUCCGUUGCCCGAGUGAUAACACAAACUUUAUUUCAAGUUUUGAAGCCUAGAACCCAGCAAAAGUUAACGGUUGCUGGAGAAGACUACCAACAGGUUCUUUCGAGAUACUUUGAAGAAUUCCCAACCUUUCUUGGUGGCAACUGUUGUUGCUCUAAAUGUGCAAAUGAGGUAGAGACAGUUGUCGAAAGAACAAACGUUGCAUCUACUGAGGUUUAUGUUGGUAGUAGUAGCUUAGAUAUAAACUGGGAGCACGUAAAGAUAGCUGCUGCGGCCGCAUUGCUGUUGUGGGUGUUUGGUGUUUUCUUUUUAGCAGCUUAUUAUCACCAGCUCCUGUUCCCUAACACAAGUGAUUCUUGAAACCACUGUUUUUUGGCAAAUGCUUGUUAUGAUCAUCGGACAUAUUUAACAUAUUGGUUUAACA